AUGCUGAAGGUAUGUGCAUUGUUUAUGUCUUCUUUUAGUGGUUCUUCUCGUGCCAUUGGGAACUCACAACCUACUAGAUGCUACUGUUGGAUGCAAAUUGCGAUGAUGAGGUCUUGGACCCCCAAAAAUCCUGGUCGUAGGUUCAUGGCUUGUAAAUUAUAUGACAUUGAAAGUGGAAGAAGGGGUUGCUCGUUCUUCAGGUGGAUUGAUGCUGAUCAAGUAGAGUGGAAAAGGGUUACUAUUAAUGAGUUGGUGGAGGCGAAGAAGGAACUGAGGAAUGAAGUGAAUGUGCUGAGGAGUCGGUUGAGUAGGUCGGAGUAUGAGAAAUCAUGUCUUGUUGCUGAGUUCGGAUCAGAGGUUGCGAAGGCUGCUGCAAAGGUUGCUGGUGAUGGAUUUGACGGUGGGCAUGUUGGGAGGUUGAAGCUGGCCAAAAAGUGCAGCAAAGCUCAAUUUUUGGCUUUUUUGGUUGUUUUAUUUUUAGGAACUCUAUUUAAGAUUAUGGACUAG